UGCCUGUAAAUCAUUUCUUUCUUUUACUUUGAUUUGAGGCUUUUCUUGGUGCAUGAGACAGAGAUUGAGAGGUGUAGCUUCAAUUUGGAAAUGGUGUUAUCCACUCUCCCUGUUUCUCCAACUGCAAUUCCUUCCCUACCAUCUUCAACAGUUGUCAAGUCUGAAGCUUUUUCGCUAAAAAAUGGUGGGUUUAUAAGGAUUAGAGGUGAUACUGCUUCUUCAAUGGUGCCCACCAAUCGCAAAUUAGCAACUUGUUCUGUUUCAGCUUCGGAUGACGGCAAUGCCUCUGUUGAGACUGAUGUACCUUUCCCUUUUGAUUACUCUGAGCUUCUGGAACAAGCUAAGGUUGCAGUAGAAUUGGCUAUGAAGGACAACAAACAGCUCAUGGAGAUUGAGUUUCCCACAGCUGGACUUCAGUCCGUGCCAGGUGAUGGUGAAGGUGGAAUCGAGAUGACAGGGAGCAUGCAAUUGAUUCGUGAAUUUUGUGACAGCUUCGUUACUUCAGAGAAAAUCACACGAACAAGAAUAUUUUUUCCAGAGGCUAGCGAAGUUGACUUUGCCAGACAAUCAGUCUUUAGUGGAGCUUCUUUUAAGUUGGACUAUCUGACAAAGCCUUCAUUUUUCGAAGAUUUUGGUUUUGUGGAAAAAGUAAGGAUGUCGGACAGAGUGAAGGAAGGAGAUGAACUUUUCUUGGUGGCUUACCCAUAUUUUAAUGUCAAUGAAAUGCUUGUUGUGGAAGAACUAUACAAAGAGGCAGUCUUGAACACUGAACGGAAACUGAUUGUUUUCAAUGGAGAACUCGAUCGUAUAAGGUCUGGGUAUUAUCCAUCAUUCUUCUACCCAAAGCUUGCUGCACUCACCAAGUCCUUCCUGCCUGCAAUGGAAACUGUGUAUUAUAUUCACAAUUUCAAGGGCCGCAAUGGAGGAACACUUUUCAGGUGCUAUCCAGGUCCCUGGAAGGUCCUCAGAAGGGUGGGGAGCACAAAAUAUGUUUGUCUACAUCAACAGGAUUCUAUGCCAUCCCUCAAGGAAGUUGCCCUUGAGAUUCUUCCAGCAACUUGAUGUUCAGUAAAUAGUAAUGGGACGAAUGAAAAGCAAAAUCAUGAAAAUAUGAUUUGAAGUCUUUAUCAUGUACUGAUGGGCAAGCAGGUUGUUGGCCAGCUUCUUCUGCAGAGUUUUAGAAAGAAGUCUACAAUUGGCUUUUGAUGAACAAAGUAUUGAAGUUGUGACAAAAAAAACUGCGUUUUCUAGCAUCUUUAGCAAGUUGCUAUAAUCUGAGCAAUACAUGUUUUUUUUUUACAUGUGUAAUUCGGUUGCUGGAAUCACCUUGUUUCUUUUGUGUUGGAAUUGGAGAACCAGCGAAGAUAAUUUCCUGUAUUUUGAGACACAGUUUCCUUGCAUGACUGAUUGCAGCAGAUGAUACA